GGAAAAAGGCCGACGAUGACAUGCGCCGUUGUACGUCAUCACGCAAUGUUUUCAUCACUACGUCACAAGGACGACACUGUUCAACCCGAGUAUGUCAACUUGACUCUUCUGUACUCUGACAGGUCGGCAGUGAGAGGAGACUCUGAGAGAAUGGAUGGAUUUCCUGUGAAGAUGACAGAGGCAGCGUGUCUUGGGGCCAGCCUUGCCUUCUCAGGCAUCUGCUACUACCUCUACAGGAAGAGCCGGACAACACUAGAUAAACUCGAUGAUGCUCCACACUUCACCAUAGAUGGAAAACUCAAAGACAUUUUGAAAGUGACUCCAGGAGCGUGUCUACAGUACGCUGUCAUCGAAGGUGCUGUGAAACCAGUAGGCGAUCCUCUGACGAGCCCUUUCCAAAAAGACUUUGUCGGGGUGUUGCAGAAAUUCACGUUGAGAGAACACAGGCUGGUGUGGAAUGGGAUGUCCCGCACCUGGACGGACAGUGAACGAGUCUUGCACCAAAGAGUGAACGCGGUGCCCUUUGUGUUGGUGGGAUCCAAUGAGACCGCAGUCAAAGUCCUGUGCCCUCUGCAGGCCUCUGGAGUCCACAUGGAGACUACCCACGAGAAGUUCCACCAGGUCAACUCGGGCUUGGGUGACAUCAUAGGACAAUACCUCAGUGGGGAGAAGCUGAAAGGGCAACUGGAGACCGAGGAAAUGCUCAAAGUGGGCACAACUCUUACCGGCGUGGGCGAGUUGAUACUGGACACGGACGGCACCCUGAAUCUCCGACCCCCCUCUAACGGCUCACAGUAUUUUUUGAGCAUUACGGACUUCGACACCCUGCUGGGAGAGCAAGAGAGCAAGGCGGUUUUGUGGAAGGCGCUGACCAUUGGCUCCGCUUUGGCAGGGGCAGCGGUCCUCUUUUGGGUCGGCCGACGCUACUACCACCAACUAAAACUUCGCUGGGAGAGGGAGCGGGAGAGAAUGGAAUUUGAGAGACUGCGGGCUGAAGCCCCAAGAGCACAUGCCCCGGUAAGGGGCCCUGAGGCCCUUCAAGACGGGGCGGAGGAACACAUAGAGAACGCCUGUGUGAUUUGCCUCAGUCAGCCACGGAACUGUAUCCUGUUGGACUGUGGGCAUGUGUGCUGCUGCCACAGCUGCUACCAGGCUCUUCCACAACGCCGAUGCCCUAUAUGCAGACAGGAUAUCAGCAGAGUGGUGCCUCUCUAUCACGUCUAAUGCCUCUGUGUGAUCACGUGACCUCAGUGGGGCUUCAACGCCACACAAACUGUACCAGCGUUACACCUCAAAGGUCUAGAGAAAUUCUUCCACACCCUU